AAAAAAAAAAAAAAAAAAAAACACCAGAGUUAUAUAUUUUGGAAGACAUUUACCACGGUAAACCAAGGUAUGACAGAAUUAAAAUGAUCUCUAACGUAUUUAAUUAUAGACGAUUUUGUCAAUUCCAUUUGCACUUGUUUACUAAGGUACCAAGAAUCAUUGAAAAACCUCAGAAGAAUGGAUAUGAAAUCAUAGGCUAUGCUCGAAAAUCACCAACAGGCGAAGACGUUGCUUGUAGAACAAGACUUUUGAAAUCCAUGGUAUCAAGUUUGAAAGAGCGAUCUUUUGCAACCAAAAUAUCCGUUUCAUCUUGUAUCUGGGCCUCCUCGCGUGAUUUACAAGGUAAUCUACAAGUUAUGGACGAUUUAAGUGUUGAUGGUAAUACACAGGACCUGCUUGCCUACCUUAAGUCUGUUCGCCUGAUGUUUGCUUGGUUACCAUUGACUUUGCUGGUACAAUAACAAGAAGUGAAGAUAUUGUUAACUUGGUUGAGGCAAAUCCCUCUUUAAUAAAGAUUGUAAUUGAAACCUUUGCCCUAUGCAAUGAAGUGUUUAUUUUUGACACUAAGAAAUUAGUUAAAG